AAAGGCUAGUACACACAUGCUGGAUUUUAAAGAUGGCGGCCUCCAAGAGUGAAAUUAAUGGGGCUACAUUUCGCGGUAUGGGUCUGGAUGAUCGUGUCUUGAAGGCCCUUGCGAAGCUGGGCUGGUCUAGUCCAACUCUGAUCCAGGAAAAGGCGAUACCACUGGCCCUGGAAGGAAAGGAUAUACUAGCCCGGGCUAGGACUGGAUCUGGCAAGACAGCAGCCUAUGCUAUCCCUCUCGUCCAAAAGAUCCUAACUUUAAAAGAGACAGCUAGAGAGCAGGCUACACGGGCUCUGAUCUUAGUGCCAUCCAGAGAACUCUGUUCACAGGCGUUCAAGAACAUACAGGAAAUCAGCAAAUGUUGCUCUAAAGAAAUCAAAUGUGCUGAUGUAUCUGGCCAGGUGGACUUGUCAGCUCAAAGGCCUCUACUGAUGGAAAGACCGGACAUAGUUCUUGGCACUCCUAGUCGGAUCCUGGCCCACAUCCAGGCCAAGAACCUGUCCCUGCAGAACUCCCUGGAGAUGCUGGUCAUCGACGAAGCGGACCUGGUCUUCUCCUUCGGCCACGAGGCGGAUAUGAGGGCACUCCUCUCUCACUUCCCGAAGAUCUAUCAAGCCAUUCUUAUGUCUGCUACGCUGAGUGAAGAUGUGAAGACACUCAAGAAGCUGGUGUUGCACAAUCCUAUCACACUCAAACUCGCAGAAUCACAGCUUCCAGAGGCAGACCGCCUAAGCCAGUACCAAGUAAGAUGUAUUGAAGAGGACAAAUAUCUACUCAUCUACACACUACUGAAGCUCAAGCUGAUCAGAGGCAAAACCAUCAUCUUUGUAAACUCAAUAGACAGGUGUUACAGACUGAAGCUGUACCUAGAGCAGUUUUCUGUGCCAGUCUGUCUGCUGAACUCAGAGCUCCCGGUGAACUCUAGAUGCCACAUAGUAAACCAGUUCAACACCGGUCUGUAUGACAUCAUCGUCGCAUCGGAGGAGUCUAGUCUCUUUGAUGGAGGCAAGAGAGACGAAGCGGAGGAGAGGAAGGAGAAGAAGGGCAAAGGCCAAAAAGUAAAGCAGAAGAAAGACAAGGAAUAUGGAGUAUCAAGAGGGAUAGAUUUCCAGAAUGUUUCCAACGUGAUCAACUUUGAUUUCCCAGAGAGUGUCAAGUCCUACAUCCACAGAGUGGGAAGGACUGCAAGGGGAGAAAAGAUGGGAACAGCCCUGUCCUUUGUGAAUGAGCAGGAGCAAGAUCUUCUAGACAACGUAGAACAGGAACUUAUCGGAGAUGAUGGAACACCUUUAAUCAAGCCUUAUCAGUUCAAGAUGUCAGAGAUUGAAGGAUUCAGGUAUCGAGCCAAGGAUGCAAUGCGAGCGGUAACGAAGGUGGCAGUGCGUGAAGCCAGGGUGAAGGAGAUCAAGCAGGAGAUCUUCAACUCCAAGAAACUCAAGGCCUACUUUGAAGACAACCCAAGGGACCUACAGCUCCUCAGACACGACAAGAUCCUACAUCCUGCGAAGGUCCACUCUGACCUCAAGAAUGUACCAGAAUACCUUGUCCCCAAGGCUUUGAGAGGAACCAUUCCCACCACAAGCAGACGGAAAGCUCCCAAGAGGGCUGCGGCUGAUGGCAAGGGUGUACAGAAGAGAGAGUCCAGGGUAGCCAAAAUGAAGAGGAAAACUGAAGAAGAUCCCCUGCAGAGCUUCAAAUACAAGGGAAAGAAUUGAUAUAUCAGCUCUGAAUUUUAUUAAUACUGAACCCAGUUGGACUCUUAUUUACUGAGCAUUUAAAGGACUUUUAUAGAACUACCAGGAGCAUGAUGAACCGUUAUUUCACACUGAUGCUAUCAAUCAGGAGCUAUAUGUAGAACGUGCUCUCAGAGAUACAUGUAAGUCAUCAUGGCUUAGCGUUACUGAAUUCAGCAUGUAGAUGAGCACUCGGAUCAGCCUUACAAGUGGACCCAGGGUUCUGCGAUACCAGCUUCAUCAACAGUUGCUCCAAAGUCAAUGUCCUACAUCAUCGAAAUUUGAUCCCCUACAAAAAGACACUUUACCUAACCCUAACCGUAAAUAUUAAGUCAAUCCCAAUUGGAAACCUAACCCUAUAUAAUAAUGAUGUAUUUGAUGAAAGAAUGUUGGGAUGCCAGAUUCUGAUAUUGAAGUCAACUGGGUCCUAUUGCAGGCUUCAUUCCUGGAAUGAAUUGUAGAAAGGAUUGACAAGCAAGACAUCAAGUUGUUGCAUGUUGAUUGCUGACUUCAGGAUGUGUGUUUUUAUGUGAUCAAGGAGCUGUAACACUACUCUGAAGAGACUGAAAAAUCAGGAGUAUCCCUUUUCAAAAUUUGACAUUACUGUACCUAAUAUCAGUGCCUGUAGUUAUAUGAACAAAGAGUAUCAGACACGAAAAUGGAACGCCAUGUUCGGAUGGAAUUGAAUGCAAAGAUCAUGUGUUGUACUCGAUUUGCAAGGGAAGAGAGACUGAAAUCAAUAGACCCUGCUUUUUUGUGGUAUCAAAUGAAUAUAUGUGUCUGAAUAUAUUCACAGUGUCAGUCAAUAGCAGUUAAGUGUUACACUGUCCAUAAAUAAAAUGUUCAUAUUGAUGGCUUCGUUAAAGGAUGAAUGGUAGUGGAUUAAGUAAUAAUUUUCUCUUGUUGUUUGCAGCACAGAAGCAAACAAAAAUUAGCUGAAGAUUUCUGAAUAUGUAUGCACAUUUGUUGCAAUUAAAAUAUUUGGGCAUCUGCAUCUGUAUUUGUUUCUAUUACUGGAAAGCCAUAAAAAAAACAAGAGCUUGGUACAGCCCACAAAGUGAGCUGCAAAAAUGUUCUGUAAAUGGGAUCUACAUUAUGGCAGACUAUCUUGAGUCAAUUAUGACCAACUUCAUACCUCAAAAGUAUCAUUAUCAAUAAACGGCUAAUCUGGAGUAUAAGUUGUGACAUGUAGUUGAUUUUUAAUUUUAAUAAUAUUUAUCAAAGGUAUUUAUAAAAUGUAUAAUCUCUGAGCUAUAACACAUUGUAAAAAUGUGGGUCUUUUGCACUCUACAGUGUAUGGUUUUUAUAUGCAAGUUUCAUGACUUCUGGUACAUUUUGCUUGCAAAAAAAUAACCUAUACUUUAUGAGGAUUUUAUUUUCUAUGAUUGAUGAUUCAAAAUGACUUUGAAACAGAUUUUUAUGAAAUACAGUUUCAUUAAGAGACUUUGGGUUAUCUUUUAAUACAGUUCAAUUACCUGUCGGUCUGUUUAUUUGCCAUGACUCUCUUGGAAACUAACAAAAUUCAAAGUUUAAACUCCAUGUAUAGCAUUUCAAAAUAUUAGUGCAACAUUCCAACUGCUUUGAAUUCCCUCUUAAACCCAACAGUCCUUUUCAGAACUACCCAGUACCCACACAGUAAAACCACAAACUUUCUUAUUUGAAGACAUUGUUUUUUAAAUUACAGACCUCAGCUGUUGUGUUCUUUCUGGGCCACAUUGUAUACUGCUAGGAUACAUCAAAUUGAUAAAUUGAACAAAAAAAUAAAUCAUGUUAUCAUUAAAACACUUGUCCAGUCAACGAAAGAGCCCCAAAAUUUGUGUAUGUACUUCAUUAAGAGAAAUAUUGUCGCGACACAGUCUGAUGGCUUGAUGAAUGUGUUUCAGGUGUAUAAAUAAAUUACUUUGGACAUAAAUAUUA